CUACAGUUGCUUUACUUAGUUGUUCCAGUGUAAAUGUGAAGAGCCAACGGAUUUUAUUUUUUUUUUGUCCAGUGAAGAUUGUGUGUGUGUGUGUGUGUGUUUGUGGGGGUUUGAAUUUUGAGAAAAGGGAGCCCCGAUUUUUUGUAGGGCUGUGGAUGAAGGAUUCGUUUCGCAUGUUCGCCCCACUAGCAGCAGCAGCCUGGCCUCUCGUCAGUCCCGGUGAGGCGUGGGCGUUGAGCGGGGCAAAACUGACUUCCUCCUGGCAGCAGCAACAGCAGCAGCAACAACAAAAUCAAGCGUACGGCGGUUCGUCUGCGUCAUCGGCAGCUAUUCCGGGCAGCCAGCGUGAGCCAACAACAUUGUCCAGCAGGACGGACGCCGCCGUGGAUCACAACAUGGCCGGCGAGUUACCUCUCUCGCCCGAAGACCUAUCCAGUGAUGAUGAAAAAGAUUUGGCGUCGGCCGAUGCCGAGGGCGUCUGGAGUCCCGAUAUUGAGCAGAGCUUCCAGGAAGCUUUGGCCAUUUAUCCGCCAUGCGGCCGGCGGAAAAUCAUCCUCUCUGACGAAGGGAAGAUGUACGGACGUAAUGAGUUAAUUGCGCGCUACAUCAAGUUACGGACGGGCAAGACGCGGACGAGAAAACAAGUCAGUUCGCACAUCCAAGUCUUGGCCAGAAGGAAAUUGCGCGAAAUUCAAUCGAAAAUCAAGAAUGCCUCCAAAGAUGAAGUCCUCCGUCUCUACGGUUCUGUGGCCCAGGAUCAAGCUACCAAGGAGAAAGCCUUGCAGAGCAUGUCCAGUAUGUCUAGUGCCCAAAUCGUGUCGGCCAGCGCACUGCACAACAACAAGACAGGUCUUUCGGGACUAGGACUACCCGCCCCGGUCUCUUACCCGCCACCGUUUUGGCAGCCUGGUCUUCAACCCGGACCUUCUCAAGAUGUCAAGCCGUUCGCACAAUCACACUACGCAGUUGGCGCCAGCCCGUCUACCAACAAUAAAUCGGGGAACGGCACGUCGAAUGGUGGAACAGGCUCCGCCGGGAGCGGCGGCGAGAUGGCCCUUUUGGCGCCGUCCGCCACACCCAACAACAACGCACCUUCGUCUUCUUCGUCGGCGUCGGCGACAACAGUGGCCACGGCGGCCGGUCUCACCCCUCCUGCUCCGCCUCCGCCAUGGGAAGGACGGGCCAUCGCCACCCACAAGUUGCGGCUGGUCGAAUUCUCGGCCUUCCUCGAGCAGCAACGCGAUCCCGAUACGUAUCACAAACAUUUGUUUGUUCAAAUCGGGGGCGCCACCAGUUACUCCGAUCCCAUGUUGGAGGCGGUCGACAUCCGACAAAUCUACGACAAGUUUCCCGAGAAGAAAGGCGGACUCAAGGAACUUUUUGAUAAAGGUCCUCAGAACGCUUUCUUCUUGGUGAAAUUCUGGGCUGAUUUGAGCACCAACAUCAACGAGGAUGCAGGGGCCUUUUACGCCGUCACUUCCCAGUAUGAAAGCAACGAGAACAUGACAAUCACGUGUUCUACCAAAGUGUGCUCGUUCGGCAAACAAGUCGUGGAGAAGGUGGAAACGGAGUACGCCCGCUUCGAGAACGGCCGCUUCGUCUACCGCAUCCACCGGUCGCCCAUGUGCGAGUACAUGAUCAACUUUAUCCACAAGCUCAAGCACUUGCCCGAAAAGUACAUGAUGAACAGCGUUCUCGAGAACUUUACCAUCUUGCAGGUGGUGACGAAUCGGGACACGCAAGAGACGCUUCAGUGCGUGGCCUACGUCUUUGAAGUGUCCACGUCGGAGCACGGAGCCCAACACCAUAUCUACCGGUUGGUGAAAGACUGACCACAUCUCUCCUGUUUUUGCACGAGAGGAGAGACAGAGAGGUCGUUUAUAUCUUUCUGUUUUUGUUUUUGCACUCGUAAUCGACGAAGGAGAUCGUGAAGAAGUUGUCAGAAAAGAAAUGAUUAUAUACAUUGCGAUGUGUGUGUGUGAUACGCGAUGGCAGCAAAGAUGGAAGAGCAGCGAGACAACACUCCCCCCCCAAGGCAUCUCUCUUUUUUCUUCAUUUAUAUAUUAUAAAUAUUUUGUUGUUGUUGUUGUUUCUUUUUCCCUGCGUACCGUUGCAGCUAUAGCAUCAAGUUUUUUUUUUCUUCUUCUUGAGAAAAAACUAAACAAAACAAACAGGUUUAAAAAAAAAAAAAUUUAGAUUUGUGGGAGGAGGGGGAGGGUCCGUUUUGUUUUGUGUGGGUAGGUAGACCCGUGUCCAGUACCAAGGCGAUAUCAAAUCUCUUGUUUUUUUGUGUGUGUGUGUGUGUGUGUGUGUGUGUACAUAUACACACACAAACAUACGCCCUUAUUUUUUUGUCUCUUUCUCUUUUUUUUUUCGUUUAUCGUGUUUUAUUUUCUUGUGUGUUGCGGAUUCGUUUUUUUUUUCCUCGAUUCAAUCCCUCCUCCCCCCCCCUCCCAAGCUCCAAUGCUACGCAAAUUGCGUGAAACAUUUUUUUUUUUGAAUUCAACAAAUUUUUUUUUUACGGCAGAGAAAAAGACAUUAGAAUUCAUUUUUAAUAUUUUGGAAGAAGGGGGUAAACGAAAACCCAAUCAGUGGCGGCUUUUUCUCUGUGAACGUGAUUUUUAUCCUUUCGCGAAUUUUUUUUUUUUUCAUUUGGCGGGAGGUUUAAAACGCAUCGGAAACUGUUGUUUUUGUUUAUUUUGUUUCUUAUUGUUUUUUUUAUGUUAAAUAUUUUUUUUGGAGGGGGGGGAAUGAUCGACAAUACCAGAUCUCACUUAGCUGACGUUAAACAAAACAAGAAAAAAAAAAUUGAAUAACAUGUAAUAUGAAACGUUUUGCAUGUGUGGCGUGUGCCUCUUCGUCUUCUCCCCUCUUCUUCUUCUUAUUUUUUUUUAUAUCAUAUUUUUAAUAGACAUAUUAUCAAUGGGAGGUGGGGGAACCCGUCCUCUUUCCUUCACGAGAUUGCGUGCGUCUGCCAUUUAGAAAUAAUUCGUGAGCGAGAGUGUGUGUGUGUGUGUGUUUUGUUUCAUCUUGAUUUCCCGUGCCAAGAGACUCUUUCCUUUUUCCAACAUCCGCCUCUUCCGCAAAUCGUCACUUUUACCUUUUGCAUAAAGCCAUUUGAAAUCUUUUUUUUUUUUUUUUUUU